CACAUGCAAAGGCUUUUAGGGAGGGGUUAGUUAAAAGCAGUAGCCAACGCCAUAUUUGGUGAUCCAUAGUCUCAUGAGAUAAUGACAGCUUCAAGGCUCAUUAUAAUUACUACUUCUCUCUCUCUCUCUCUCUCUCUCUCUACCCCUCACAUUCAACUCAAUCACCAGUAGGACAGUGACAUAACGAUAUAGUAUGGACCCAAGCAUCAGUAGAAGAAGAAGGAUUGGGGUUGGAGGAGCCGUUAUUGCUGUAGGCUCUGUUUUGGAAACGAGAAUGCAGAGCGACGAGGAAGUUAGUAGUAAUAAAGCCAUCGUCAAGAAGACCAUUCAUCUUCAUGCUCCCGACGAAGACAACAAGAACUCUACUAACAAGCAGAUGAUCUUAAAGGAGGCGUCUUUGGUGGGUGUUAACGGAAAGAGACGAGCAUGUAAGACCGAUGGGAAGAGCCCAUCAAAUGAGAUUAACAGGGGAGAUUCCUUGAAGCUCACGAGGCCGAGAUCGAUUGGUUCAACACCUCCGGUGACGCCGAGGAGGUCCGCUGGCCCUACUACUCCGAUGACGCCGCCGAAGAGAUCGAUCUCUAGUGACGUAAAUGACAAGACUUUGACUGUGUUUGUGGGGGCGAAGAAGGAAAGAUCUGACUCCGUAGAAGGGGUUGAGAAGAAGACUCCGGGUCGGUUUAAGAAGACCCGGUCGGAGAUUUGCACGGCGGUCGUCAACUCCGGUGAAUUUGAUUCAGUUCCGUUAAGGAAGGUGAAUUCAUUACCAGCUCACGGUUCCGACAAAACUAACGAAAAAACAGAGGAUGUACAUGUAGAAACAGAGGAUACCGUCGUCCAAAAGCAGGAGACCACAGAGGAAGUCAAGGAGUUCGAUGUCGGUCAGGAGAUAGUCGUCAAUCACGAGGAGAAAGAAGAAGAAGAAGAUGAUGAUCACAAAGAGGAUCAGGAGGAAGAAGAAGAAGAAGUGGAAAAGCAGAGUGUUGAUGUGAAAGAGAUGAACGUUGCAAAGCAGAGUAGCGAAAACAGAGUCGGUGUUGUUGAGAGUAAAAAGUACAGUCAAUUUCACAACAGAACCGCUCCAUCUCCUUCGUCCGUCCGUAAAGUUCCACCGCCGGUUUACUCCGUCCCACCAAGCAAAGAGGAAGAAGAUAACUUCACUCAUCCACAGAGCAAACUGCAGAGCCUUGAGGAUCUUGUGAUGUGGAGAGAUGCAUCACGAUCGACACUUGUGUUCGGCUUCGGAACAUUUCUCAUUAUCUCUUCUUCAUACGCCAGUGAUCUCAACUUCAGUUUCAUAUCAGUGGUAGCUUAUAUGGGACUCAUCUAUCUGGGCGUCAUGUUCUUAUUCAAUGCGGUGAUCCGCAGGGGAAUCGUGGAGGAGGAAGAGGAGAGGCAUAAAGGUGCUGGAGUGAGAGAGGAAGAUGUGAAGAGGAUACUCAGAUUCAUAAUGCCUUACCUCAACGAGUCUCUGCUUCAACUCAGAGCCCUUUUCUCCGGCGAUCCCUCCACCACCCUCAAGAUGGGAGUGGUGCUGUACAUUUUGGCUAGAUGUGGCUCUUCUAUCACUCUUUGGAACCUUGCCAAAUUUGGCUUUCUUGGAGCAUUUACAGUGCCUAAAAUAUUCAUCUCCUACUCAACCCACUUCUCGGCUUAUGGUAUAUUUUGGGUGAGGAGAUUCAGGGACGCAUGGGAAACGUGCAACCACAAAAAGGCGGUGGCUUUGGCACUCUUCACCCUCGUCUGGAACCUCUCAUCUGUCGUUGCCCGUGUGUGGGCAGCUUUCAUGUUGUUCGUUGCCUUUAGAUAUUAUCAGCAAAAUAUGAUUUGGACCACUGAUCAAGAUGAUGAUUAUGAAGAAGAAUAUGAGGCAGACGACCAAGAAGAAGAGGAAGUACCUAAACUCAAAAGAGAUCCUUACAUGAUGAUGAUGCCGAAUAAACUAAAGAAAGUUUCUUAAAUUUGCCUAUUUUUUCCUCCACAUAUGUAAAUGAUGUAAUAAUCCCUUUAGUUUCUAGUUAGGGUUCACUGUUACUUCACUAUAUCAUAAUUUACGUAGCUUCUAUGCAUUUUAGAAUGUGAUUGUUAAUAUGAUAUCCUUUUUUUUAUUAAUCUCUUUGCUUCAUUAGCUU